GUCAAAUAGCCCCUAGAGCAUUCCCAUACCACGAGUACUCUAAGCAGUCGAAAUCAACGAGGUAAAAAUAUCCACUGGGUUAACAUCGAGCCUCAACCGCUCCCAUACCUUAAAAUGAACUUAUUCGUGAACCCAUUCCGGGCGCAGACCCGAACAGGAACCGAGUGGUUCUCAGUCGGCGUCGCUUCGUCGUUUCCGGAUGUCAGUCUCGACGCCGAAAGUGAGCCCCGGCUUUGCGGCAAGCGCGGCGCGGAUACCAAACCGGGAUGCAAGAUCUUCCACGUCCCCAAGACGGACACCUCUCAACGAACCGAGGUCGACAUUCCACCAGCGGAGGAAACAGCACAGGACUUGACGGACCAGGUCCUCGUGUUUCAAUAUCGCAGCACGUUCCAUGCCAUCGACCACCAAUGCCCUCAUUCCUCCUAUCCCCUUUCACAGGGCAUCCCAUUCGAUAUCGAGGACUUUGGGAUUGUGCUUAGCGCAGGGCUUACGUGUCCGAAGCACGGCUGGUCCUUUGACUUGUUCUCGGGCAGGUCGGACCGCGGGAAUUACAAGCUCAAGAUAUGGGAGGUGCAGCUGCGUGACAUUGAUGGCUCGGAGACGGGCGAGAAGGAGGUGUGGGUGAGGAGAAAGCCAAGGAUUGGCUGAAAGAUUGAUUUUGGAGAGGGGGGAUGGGUGUCUUAAGGUACCAGGUACCUAGCAGGUAUUAUCCGUGCUUUGCCGGCUGUCACUGGUCAUUAACGGUGUUGAACUACCAAGACCUUUGUGGUCUUUGUGCCGACUAUGGCUUCAAGCCCUCCCACAUAUAACCUAGUUCACUGGCUUAGGUGGGCACAUCAC